ACCUCUCUGUCUAUCUCUGAUUUCAUCUGGUUACUCCCUACCUCUCUGUCUAUCUCUGAUUUCAUCUGGUUACCCCCUACCUCUCCAUCUAACUAAAGAGAUACCUUUUUUCAUUCCACCAUAUUAAUUAACAUAGAAAUCAUUGUACAUUAUGUGUUUUUGUUGGUUAUUAGUUGCUUGACAAGUCCUUCAACUUCAGAAGGACAAGAAAAAGGCGUUUUAAAUUAUGACGUUUUUGUGCCCUUGAGGUCAAAAUGUACCCCUGUUGGCGCUUUUAGGGUUAAACAGACAGCUGGUCCCAGAACUGUGCCUAUAUAUACCCUUCAUCAUAUUUCUCCUCCCUGGCUUGACAAUCUCAGUCACUCAUCCCUCCAUCCUGCAACGCUCUCUUCUUCCUAGGAAGUGACAUCAACCACCGGCCAAGAUGUCAGAUAAGAAGAUGUCGUCGAGUCGCAGGCAACAUCUCAAGAGCUUGAUCCUCCAGAUUGCCCAGGGGUUGAUAGAGGCUGAGGCCAUCCAGGCAGAGGAGGACAAAAACAGGUACAUGGAUGAGAAUGUCCCCUCCCUCUCCGUCCCGGGAUCCAUGCAGGAACUCCAGGAUCUGUGCAAGAAGCUCCACCAGCAGAUUGAUGCAGUGGAUGAACAGAGAUAUGACACGCAAAGCAAAGUAGCCAAGUCUGAUAAGGAGAUUGAGGAUCUGCAGAUAAAAGUACAGGACCUGAAGGGAAAGUUCAAGAAGCCUGUCCUGAAGAAAGUACGUAUGUCUGCUGAUGCUAUGCUCCAGGCUCUGCUGGGCUCCAAACACAAGGUGUCCAUGGAUCUGAGGUCCAACCUGAAGCAAGUCAAGAAGGAGGUCAAGGAAGAGGUGAAAGAUGCAGCUGACUGGCGUAAGAACAUUGAGGACAAGGCUGGCAUGGAUGGUAGAAAGAAGAUGUUUGAGUCCGACCCUUAAGACCCUUAAACAAGUCCCCCAAUAUCUGUAUUUGUGUUCAUAUGUCUCAUCUGAUAACAUCCUCUAAUUUUGAAUCUGACCCAACGCCUGCCCUGUAUGAUACAUUCUCCUCCUGUCAUUCCUUUUCACUCUACUCUGUCUAA